GCGGCAGCGGCUGUGCCCUGUGCUGAGCCGGGCUCUGCCGGGCUGGGCGCGCCCCUGGGCCGUCCCAGCCCCGCGCUUCUCCCCUCCGGGCCGGCGGCGCAGCUCUUUUGGGUUUCAGAAGGAGACAAACAACAAAAUGAACAAUCCAGCUAUUAAGAGAAUAACAAAUGAAAUUAUCAAAUCACCUGAGGAUAAACGAGAAUAUCGUGGACUGGAACUGGCAAAUGGCAUUAAAGCUCUUCUCAUUAGCGACCCCACCACAGAUAAGUCUUCAGCAGCGCUUGAUGUGCACAUAGGAUCCUUGUCUGAUCCCCCCAACAUUGCUGGGCUUAGUCAUUUUUGUGAGCAUAUGUUGUUCCUGGGAACCAAGAAAUACCCAAAAGAGAACGAGUAUAGCCAAUUUCUAAGCGAGCAUGCCGGGAGCUCCAAUGCUUUCACGAGUGGGGAACAUACCAAUUAUUACUUUGACGUGUCACACGAACAUCUAGAAGGUGCACUAGACAGGUUUGCCCAGUUUUUCUUGUGCCCUCUGUUUGAUGAAAGCUGCAAAGACAGGGAAGUGAACGCUGUUGAUUCUGAGCACGAGAAGAAUCUUAUGAAUGAUGCCUGGAGGUUGUUUCAACUGGAGAAGGCUACUGGAAACCCCAAUCAUCCCUUCAGUAAAUUUGGAACAGGGAACAAACUCACUCUGGAAACUAGACCAACCAAAGAAGGAAUAGAUGUAAGGCAAGAGCUAUUGAAGUUCCAUUCUACUUAUUACUCAUCAAAUUUAAUGGCUAUUUGUGUCUUAGGAAGAGAAUCUCUGGAUGAGCUGACUUGCUUAGUGGUAAAAUUAUUUUCAGAAGUAGAGAAUAAAAAUGUCCCUAUACCAGAGUUUCCUGAACAUCCUUUCCAAGAAGAGCAUCUCCGGCAACUUUACAAGGUGGUACCCAUUAAGGAUAUUAGAAAUCUUUAUGUCACAUUUCCUAUACCAGACCUUCAGAAGUACUAUAAAUCGAACCCUGGCCAUUACCUUGGUCAUCUGAUUGGGCAUGAAGGCCCAGGGAGUCUUCUAUCAGAGCUUAAAGCCAAAGGAUGGGUAAAUACUCUUGUUGGAGGCCAGAAGGAAGGUGCUAGAGGUUUCAUGUUUUUCAUCAUUAAUGUGGACUUGACAGAGGAAGGACUUCUGCAUGUUGAAGAUAUUAUUUUGCACAUGUUUCAAUAUAUUCAAAAACUACGUACAGAAGGACCUCAAGAAUGGGUUUUCCAGGAGUGCAAGGAUCUAAAUGCUGUGGCAUUCAGAUUUAAAGAUAAAGAGCGACCACGAGGUUAUACAUCAAAGCUUGGAGGAAUGUUGCAUUAUUAUCCAAUAGAAGAAGUGUUGGCUGCUGAAUAUUUGCUUGAAGAAUUCAGGCCUGAUUUAAUAGAGAUGGUACUGGAUAAACUGAGACCAGAAAAUGUUCGAGUUGCAAUAGUUUCCAAGUCUUUUGAAGGAAAAACUGAUCGAACAGAAGACUGGUAUGGAACACAGUACAAGCAGGAAGCAAUUUCUGAUGAAGUUAUUAAGAAAUGGCAGAAUGCUGACUUGAAUGGGAAAUUCAAGCUUCCAAUGAAGAAUGAGUUCAUUCCUACAAACUUUGAGAUUUUGCCAUUGGAAAAAGAUGCAACACAGUACCCAGCCCUUGUCAAGGACACUGCCAUGAGCAAACUAUGGUUCAAGCAAGAUGACAAAUUUUUUUUGCCGAAAGCUUGUCUCAACUUUGAAUUUUUCAGUCGCUACAUUUAUGCUGAUCCUCUCCAUUGCAACAUGACAUACCUGUUUAUCAGGUUAUUGAAGGAUGAUUUAAAAGAGUAUACAUAUGCAGCACGCCUCUCAGGUUUGGUCUAUGGCAUUGCAUCAGGAAUGAAUGCAAUACUUCUCUCUGUAAAAGGUUAUAAUGACAAGCAACAUAUCUUGCUCAAGAAGAUCAUUGAAAAAAUGGCUACCUUUGAGAUUGAUGAAAAACGAUUUGAAAUCAUCAAGGAAGCGUACAUGAGAUCACUAAACAACUUCAGGGCAGAACAGCCUCAUCAACAUGCAAUGUAUUAUCUCCGACUCCUGAUGACAGAAGUUGCUUGGACCAAAGAUGAAUUAAAAGAAGCUCUAGAUGAUGUCACCCUUCCCCGUCUCAAGGCCUUUAUAGCACAGCUGUUGUCACGGUUACACAUUGAAGCUCUUCUCCAUGGCAAUAUAACAAAACAGGCUGCAUUAGGAAUUAUGCAGAUGGUUGAGGACACUCUUAUUGAGCAUGCUCAUACAAAGCCACUCCUUCCCAGUCAGCUAGUGAGAUACAGAGAAGUUCAACUUCCUGACAGAGGUUGGUUUGUAUAUCAACAGAGAAAUGAAGUUCAUAACAAUUGUGGCAUUGAGAUCUAUUACCAGACAGACAUGCAGAGCACUUCUGAGAAUAUGUUUUUGGAGCUUUUCUGUCAGAUUAUCUCAGAGCCAUGCUUCAACACCCUGCGCACCAAGGAGCAGUUAGGUUACAUUGUGUUUAGUGGUCCACGGCGGGCAAACGGCAUACAAGGACUGCGAUUUAUUAUCCAAUCUGAAAAGCCCCCCCACUAUUUAGAGAGCAGAGUUGAAGCAUUCUUAAAGACUAUGGAGAAAUGCAUAGAAGAUAUGACAGAAGAGGCCUUCCAAAAACAUAUCCAAGCUUUAGCAAUUCGUCGUCUAGACAAACCAAAGAAGCUGUCUGCAGAAUGUGCUAAAUACUGGGGAGAAAUCAUUUCCCAGCAGUAUAACUUUGACAGAGAUAACAUUGAAGUGGCUUAUCUAAAGACCCUGACCAAGGAUGAUAUUAUACAGUUCUACAAGGUGCUGUUGGCAAUAGAUGCUCCCAGAAGACACAAGGUAUCAGUGCACGUCCUUGCAAGGGAAAUGGAUUCCUGCCCUGUUGUUGGAGAAUUUCCAUGCCAAAAUGAUGUGAACCUGGCACCAGCACCACCACUACCACAGCCAAGUGUGAUUGAAAAUAUGACAGAAUUCAAGCGCAGUCUGCCGCUCUUCCCACUGGUGAAACCACAUAUCAAUUUCAUGGCUGCAAAACUGUGAAGAACUCCAAUGGAUGAAGAAAUGCAAAUGAUCAGUACUGACAUGGUUUCAGGGGACUUCGUGAUGAGCAAAAUUAUUAAAGAUCAUUAGGACAAAUGAUUCUGUUCAUUAUGAAAGUCCCGAAUUCCUUCUUGGUUCAUUUGACAUUAGCUGUGUGUUAGGGAUAGAGAGUAUUUAAAAAUCAGUUGUGGUCAUGUGUCAUUUAUAUUACAGACAACCUGUUGAAAAGCAAAAUCAACUGAAACAAUAAUAAUAAAAAACUUGUAGAUGCCGUAUAUUUUUAAAAUAGCAUAUCCCUUCAAAUUUUCAUUUUGAUGAAAUAACCCUCCAGAGCAAACAAAAUUGCUUGAAAUGUGCUUGUUACUCCUGAAAAACACUGUUUAGUAUCCCAAUAAUUAUCUUAUUGGGGGCUGGAGGGGGUGAGAAAAGUAAGUCCUUUUUGGGAUGGAGUCAACAAUUUUUCUUAAAAAUAGAGACUUUCACAUUUUUUUUAAGUGACGUGUUGAAUGAUACUUUUUUAAUUGAUCCUUAAUGCAACCAACAUGUUUUCUAUUUUAAGUUUUAUGAAGACCAGUGGGGGGAAAAGAAAAGGAAAUUUGACAACGCAGUAGUAAGUGAGAGAAUUGUCUUAAUGAGAAUAACUGAAGAUAAGGGCAUGAUUUUAAUCUUUCUAUACAAAUUUGGGGACAUUUUAUAUUAAAACUAGUAAAAUGCUGGAAACACUUUAAUAGUGCGUCUUAUUUUUGUUAUCAAAAAUGUUUCAGUCUCUUCAUACUAUCAACACCCUGUUCAGUUUUCAGUGUUACUGUGGAUUAUUUUCCAUUUACUAUAUCAAAUCCUUUAUUUGCUGUCAUGUUUUGUUUUCAGUUGCACAUGUACUGAUGGAGAACUCAGUCUGGUUUUCCUCAUUUGUUAUGUUAGGUCUCAGCCCAGCAGAGCACUCAGUAAUGCAAAUAACUUCAAACACACACUGGUUCUUCAUUCAAGAACGGGUGAAUGUCAGAUACGGGCCCUGUAAUGAAUCAGAUACGUCAUUAUCCUGAUACAUGUGUGGGUCCUGUGCCUGUCCUUCAGGAAGGCAUUUGGGACAGUGCAGGGCUGCAUCUGCUCCAGGUUACAUCACAAAAGGCUUGUUCCUACUUCUUGUAGGCUGCACAAAACUCAGAAGGAUCAAGAAUUAUGCAGAAACACAGUUUGUGUAUGUGUGUAUAUAUAUUACAUAAUUUAGUAAAAUGAUAAAACAGUAUAUGGUGUCUAGUCUUCAGCAACUUUACUGACUUCUGCAGAGUGGUCUUGUGCUUGGGACAGCCCCCAGAUAGAGAAAUAUAAGGAGCAUAAAGUUCUUCUAUCUCUGUAAUACAUAAAAUAGAUGGCAGUUAUUCAGACAGAGUAUGCAAAGCACUGAAGAUGUAAAAUCUGCUCAGCAGGGAGUUUAGUGAGAAUUUGCUUCUUAUUAAAAGAAGCUGAAAUUGAAGCCCUGAUGUGACAGAUGUGUCUGUGACACAUCAGAGUCCUGAUAUAGUCAACAGGGCUGUUCCUGUGGUUGAAUCAGUGUUCAUUCUUACACUGGCUCUGAAGCCAAAUUAAAUGACAGGGUAAGGGCCUUAAGUUGCAUUUAUCUGAGAGUCUCUUCUAGCUGAACAAAUACGGUGCUUUUAAAAUUUGUUUUAAAUGUUUCAACAUCUUUUUAAUAAAUUUGAUGGUAAUUUGUGGUGUAACCUGUUGCCAAGGAAGGGCACUAAUAUUUUUUUAGCUGGAGAAGAAAAGAAGUUAAUCAUAAUAAGCAAAACCAGUAAAGAUGUUUCUGUUCACCCCAUUUUUGAUGGAUCUUUCACAUAAAAUGGGCUUUUUGCCUUCUUGCAUUUCACUUUUGUUUAUAGUUUUCCUUUAGUAAAAGUAUUUGUAUUAUAUAUAUAUUAAAAGUUUUGACAACAUAUUAUAAAAAUAUAUAUUUUGGGAUUUAGUAUUUAAACAUACCACUCAUACAGUGAAUAAAACGAAAUGGCUUCUAUUGUGUGUAAAAAUAAAUAGAUAUAUAUAUUCAUGGAAAUACUAUCGACUCUUAAUUUUAACAAAUUAUAUAAAUAAAUUGGAACAGCAGUGUAUUUAACACAAAUCAUGUUUUUCAGCGGAAAAAAUUGAAAACUUCAAAGUUCUGUGACUGGAUGUGGAAACCCAUGUCAUUUUCCAACAACUCUUAAUUGCUUUUAAGUGUUCUCCAGCAUUUUACAGUUUCUGAGUUUGAUAUAGCAGUAAAUUUUGAUAAACUCAGGCAUACUAAUGGGUUCAUUUUAAUGGAUCCAGAGCUGCAGUGUCUACAAGCAAUAAAGAACUACCUAGAAUACACUGUAAUUCAAUUUUAGUGCUUGUUAAUUAGUUUAUGUAAGAAACCAUAAAUUAUUAUUACAUAACUGUAAUUUUUGCAAGUGCUAUUUUAAGCAGUUGAUGUGGAAUUGGGUGCAUGUGACACAGCCAGUAUGACAGAGUGCUAGAGUUAUUCUGUUUACAAUAAACAAUCUGAAUUUAA